AUGCGCACGUUUGAAUUUGUUCAAGCGAUGGCUCUUUUUGUCAUCGGCACUAUGGCGCUCCCUACCCCGAACAUUGCCGACGGCGCGGCAAGCGUUUUUGAAGGCUCUCUUGACGACGUUACUCCGCGGUUGGUUCCGCGCAGAAUUGGGGAUGACGAAGAUGAAUAUUACUGCUUGGAGUGCGGGUACAGAUCUUUUAUUGUUGAAAAUAUAGAGAAUCAUGACUGCGAUUGGGAGGACAGAUAUAAUGGCGAGUAUGAGUGGGUCGACAAUUCCAAUGACUACGAUCACUCCGAUGACUCCGAUACCUGCGAUAAUGACGAAGAACAAGCCACAGGCAAUGUCGAGGGGGAUGACUGA